AUGCCAUGGAGCGCCUCGACGAUUCAAGCUCUCCUCCUCCUCCUCCUCGCGAUGAUUCCGCUCGCCGCAGCACAGCCAUGGCCGUUCUGCGGCAGCGGCAGCGGCAGCGGCAGCGGCAGAGGCCAAACCAACUACUCGGCUGGCAGCACAUACGAGACCAACCUGCUAAACCUCCUCACCACCCUCCGCCAGAACGCCUCCUCCUCGCCGUCCCUAUUCGCCUCGGGCGCCCUUGGCGCCGCGCCGGACACUGCCUGGGCCCUUGUUCUCUGCCGNAGCGACGUCAGCGCCUCCGACUGCUACGACUGCGUCACCUCCGCCGGUCGGGUGGCGGGAACAGCCUGCAACAACAGCAGGGACGUGUCCCUCUGGUACGACCAGUGCUACGUCCGCCUAACCAACCACGACUUCCGCAACUCCGGCGAGGUACGUCUCGGCGACGGUAUGGUAUGCGGUGGAUACGACCAGGCGGUCACCAGCCUUCUCACCGCGACGGUGCAGUAUGCGGUGGACAACUCGAGGCUGUUCGUGACAGGGCGGCUAGGGCCUGAACCAGGGUUCCGCAAUAUCUACUCGGCGGCGCAGUGCGCGGCCGACAUGUCGCCGCCGCGGUGCCGAAACUGCCUACAAAGCAUCCUGGACAGGAGGUCGACCCCGCACGGGAAAAGGGAGCUGCUCGUCAACUUCGAUGGUCUGCUCUGCAGUUUGAAGUUCGAAUUGUACCCCUUCUACAAGGGUAGCGCCAUGGUCAUGUUGCCAACCAAGGCAGCAGCCGCACCGGCGCCGGCGCCCACAGCUGUGCCGGACACUACCAGAGGUAGCAAGAGGACCUUCAAGAAGAUUAUGCUAAUCGCAUUGGCAUCAGCAGCUGCAACCUUGCUCUUUCCGUGUAUUUAUGUGCUAAUAAGGCAUAGAAAGGGGUAUAGACUAUGGCUUCUCCUUUGCAAGAAAACUAGCAGCAACAAUGAAAAUAAUUACGAGGCCAUGAUAGCAUCGUAUGGAUCCCUAGCUCCAAAAAGAUACAUCUACUCAGAGAUAAUGAAGGUAACAUCUUCUCGCAACUAUGAGCUUGGAAAAGGUGGUUAUGGUGUGGUUUUCAAAGGAAGACUACAUGAUGGCCGUCUUGUUGCCGUGAAAUUCUUGCAUGACUGCAAAGGAAACAGAAGCGAGUUUGUGAAUGAGGUUAUGAGCAUUGGUAGAACCUCUCAUGUUAAUGUUGUUAGCUUAUUUGGGUUUCGUUUGGAGGGGUCAAAACGAGCUCUUAUAUAUGAGUACAUGUCCAGUGGUUCCUUGGAUAAGUACAUUUACUCAGAGAAUCCCAAAGAAAUUUUAGGAUGGGAGAAGCUUUAUGCUAUAGCAAUUGGGAUUGCUCGUGGCCUCGAAUACUUGCACCAUAGUUGUAAUACACGCAUCGUCCAUUCCGAUAUCAAGCCUCAAAAUAUCCUUCUAGACAGGGAUUUUAGCCCCAAAAUUGCUGAUUUUGGUCUAGCUAAAUUGUGUCAUACGAAAGAGAGUAAAGUUUCAAUUACUGGGGCUAGAGGAACAAUUGGAUUCAUCGCUCCAAAAGUUCACUCUCGAACCUUUGGAGUGGUUUCGACAAAGUCAGAUGUUUAUAGUUAUGGAAUGAUGCUGUUGGAGAUGGUUGGAGGCAGGAGAAAUGUAAAAUCAAUUGUUCAAAAUUCCAGCGAGAAGUAUUUCCCAGAUUGGAUUUAUGACCACUUUGCUGAAGAUGAAGCUUUACAGGCAUGUGAUGUAACAAGUGAAACUGCAGAGAUAGCCAGAAAGGUGACCAUAAUUGGCAUGUGGUGCAUACAAGUACUACCUAUGUAUCGCCCCACUAUAACAAGAGUUCUAGAAAUGUUCGAGAGAAGAUUAGAUGAGCUGGACAUGCCACCAAAGCAAAACUUUGGUGACCUAGUGUAA